GAUUACUUACAGCUGUGGGGAACGCCGCUCUUUCCAAACCUGUCCGAGGGCAAGCAUGGAGGCCAACCUUCAAGGAACCGCUUCUCCGUGGAUUAUCGUCCUUAUCUCACUUUCCACACUCACAGAAAGCCGGUUAGAAUACAACCGAGGCUCCAGUGCCAUAACAAACUCAGAAAUCAUGAGCAGGAUUCAUGUUAACACCCAGCCUCAGUUCAAUGAGGUCGAACAGCAGCAAAGCGCGGAGCUCAGCGUGCGGCCUCGACCUGUCGUGGUCAACUGCCACCCGGACUCGAUGCGGGUUGUGGUACAGGCUGACAUGUUUGAUAUGGGCCUCCAGGUGGACGGCAAACAUCUGCGCCUGGGCUCGGACUCCGUGAGUGAAGGGAGUGCAUGUGGCGCAGUCCCAUCAGCAGAGGGGGAAUUCACCAUCCAGGCCCACCUUGUGGAUUGUGGAACUAAACUCUCGUCGACAAAAGAGAAGAUUACCUAUUCUAAUAUUCUGGUCUACUCACCUGAACCUUCAGCCGAUGGUUUGCUUAGAUUGGAUGGAGCAACUAUUCUGGUCGAAUGUCAUUAUGAAAAGAGGUAUUCUGUGGAUGCCAUUUCCCUGCAGCCCACCUGGGUUUCUUCUGUCUCCACGGUCUCUGCAAACGAUCAAAUAGAUUUCAGUCUUCUACUCAUGACUGAUGACUGGCAGUUUGAGAGGAGAUCUUAUUCUUACUUCCUGGGUGACUCCAUUCUUUUCCAAGUUUCUGCCAUCAUUGGUAACCACUUGCCCCUGCGAGUCUAUGUUGACCAUUGUGUAGCCACAGCAACUCCCGAUGCAGAGGCUACAUUAAGAUAUGACUUUAUUGAGCACUAUGGAUGUCUUGCUGAUGCUUACCUGACGCACUCAAACUCCCAUUUCCUACAAAGAGUUGAAGAGCACAAGCUGAGGUUUCAGCUGGAGGCCUUCAGCUUAUACCAGGCACCCAGCAAUCAGGUCUAUAUAACCUGCUACGUGAAGGCUGUUCCAGCUAUGUUAACUGUCACCUCUCAAAACAGGGCCUGCUCCAAGAUUGAGAACAGAUGGAGUUCAGUUGAUGGGAACGACCAGGCAUGUAAAAGCUGUGAUCUCUCCCAUCGGGUUGAGGAACCCUUGCCGACAGAACCCCCAAUCAUCGACACCAACGCAUGGCCCCCUAAUACUUUGAAAGUCCAGAACACACCCGAUCACCACCCAGCCAAUUAUUUCCAUUUCCAACACGAGAAGCCUCAACAAUCCUCUGCUGGAGUGAUGAAGAGAAGAGCAGAGUACAAAGCGGAGCAAACUAUCCAGCUGGGACCUGUUACUGUCCAGCUAUCCCGCAAAGUUGACAAAAGGCCAUCAAAUUCCAAAACUGUACCAGAGAACGGGACAACCUGAGACUCAGGAUAGCAACAGUGGAGACUGAAGAUUGAAAAAACAUGUUGCUGCCUUGUACAGGACAAAAACUAUUUGGACAUAACAUAAAUACAGAGGUUAAUCUAGUCAUUACAAAUGGCAUCUCAAGUGGAAUAUUUUUUUUGUGAACUUUACUCUUAACCCUUUUCCCAGUUUUCCCAAUAAAUAUUUUACUUUAA